UAACGAGAAAUCCUUGUAAAUAUAGGCCACCUUGUAUCGCAGAGAAAAACUACACAGCACAUACGAUAAAAAAGUCUAUGCAUUAACCGCGAUUUUACUAAUUUAAUAAAUGUUGACGCGUGUGUAUUCUAAUCGUAACACCUAAUGUAUAAAACGCAACGAAAAGGUUACAACUGAUACGUCUAUCAUAUUUUUUUACAGUUGAUUCGUGGUUCAAACAUGCACGGAAGAUGCUGCCGCCUAUCGAGCAUUCUAAAAAUUACUGUAUACUGUAUAUGCGUAGAACACAUUGUUUUCAUAAGUUACCGUGGCAAUAAACAAUUCUUAAGGAACAGUUUGAAUCAUGACUACCUUAGAUACAAAUAAAUAACGAUAACAAGCUGAAGUAGUAACGGUGAAGUUAUUAACCUUACUUCUGCUCUAAAUCAUUUAUUUAUUAUGAAAUUACAAAUGACCGAAGAAGUCGAAUAUCACGAAAGUCACGAAAGUCAUGAAAGUUAUGAAAGUGUAUCAACUUAUUCGGAAGAGGAAGAUGAUAGGUCGAAGAAAGAAUCAACGUACGAAAGUCUUUUUGAAAUAACGCGGGAGCACAUACAGGAAGUGCAACAAGAAUUAUGUCUAAUCAAACUGUGUUGGCCCGAAGUUGACCGCACAAAAGAUCUCUACCUAAAAACACUUCCGAAUAGUUAUUGUAGUGUCAGCGAUAAAGAGAAGCUGCUCGCGUGGUACGCCGAAAAUUUUCGACAACAAUUUCACGUGAAAUAUCCAAAUCGAAAACCGCUAUUGCUAGCGUGCGAAAAUGAAUGCGGUGUGCAAAAAUUCGUAUCUACUACUAUCAGACGAAGUACACUGCCAUAUCCAGACCUGUACACGUGGCAGGGAUGCGGAAAAUUUGUCAGUGACUAUGUCGAAUACGAGCCUCUGGACAAAGCACUCAGUAUGGCAAGUAAUUAAAUGUAUUUUCCAGAAAAACGCCUUAUCUUAUA